AUGCCUGGCCUGACCCCCAGUGGCACCAACGUGGGCUGCUCAGGACACUCCCCAGUACAGCAGUGGCGGAUAGCACGGGAGGGCGGUGCACAGGUCCAGCAGAGGAAAAAUGCCAGCUGUGGAACACGGAGCGCAGGCCGCACGACCUCAGCAGGCAUUGGGGAGAUGUGGCAAUUCUACACAGAAGGUUCGCCUGGCCUCAAAGUUGGCCCUGCUCCAGUAUUGGUUAUGAGACUUCUGUUCAUCACUUCUGUAUUUAUGUUGCACAUUUGGGGCAAGUACACCCCUUCAUAG